UGUAGUGUGGUGCAACUUCUUGCACCUUGAAAUAUGGGAAGAUUUGUUCAGCCUGUACUCAUGUUAUGAAGUCAGCUGGCUAUCACCAGCCCAAAUUAGCCAGCAUGGAUUAAUCUGACCAGCUGUAGAGUAAUGCUGUGGUCCCACAUGAAGCUUUUGGCAUAGGCUAGAGCUGGCUGGGAAUGGCAAUACUGGUAGAGCCCAAGAAGGUUCACUGUGGUGAAUGUGGGUUUCAAGGCAAAUGGCACGUGGGUAGCAAAGGCGCAAUACUACUUCAGGCUUCCUGUGGUCUAAGCCAUAAUGUUUCAGGAAGUGGUGUUUAACUCAGCAGGAGUUAGUAUCGGAGGAUAUCCACUGUUUACUAGUUGCAACAUGAACACCUUGGUUUUGGGCUGAAUUACUUUGAAAAGAAAUGUUACAUGUAAAACCAAAAUAUGUGCAGGUUGAGGCUUUGCCUAGCCUACAGAAAUGUUGCUGGUGUGGACAACUCCUGAGGAGUUGGCACAAAGCCAGGGUCCUGCCACAAACGUCAUGCUAAAUCCCCACUUUCCUCUUAAUCUCAGGGAUUCUGUCUCAAGUUUUCCAACCUGAAUUAACAUCUGUCUCCCCUCCAGCAAAGUCAGGCCCAGGAGGAGGGUUACCCUGUCAGGUCCCAAGGAAGAGAACAGAGGACUGCAUUCUCCCUGGCCAGCACGCUGUAGGGUAGAGGGCAAGGACUUCUGGUCUGAAGCAGAGAGUGACAAGAGCUGCUCUCUCUGAAACCGUCAUGGAACAGAUCAAUGGAUCUGUCCGGAUGGAGCAUGUGCUGCUGUACACCUUCCUGGAGGUGUCCUCUGACUGUAACUUCAGAGAGCAACUGCAUUCCCUGCAAAGCCAGGGGAUUGUGCCUUUCCUGAAAGGCAGCUACUGUUAUGAUGAUGAGGUGGAACUUCAGACCGAUGGUAAUCGGAGUGGCCACUUGCAGAAUGGUGAGCUAGUGCAUGACCCUGAGGUAAAUGAAAUUCUCCGGAUCAUUGCUACUCAGCUCGCUGAGAUUGGAGACCAGCUUGAUAAAGAAAUCAAACCAAGAGCAGUAAAUGAUCUAGUGCAGCACUUUCUGAAUGAGAAUCUCUCUGGAGAGGAAAUAACCCGGUACAUGUCAGAGGCAGUGGAAGGGCUUGCACGAGCGCUCCCCUCAGACAUGGAACAGGAGAAGGCCAUGUUGGUGCUAGCGAUGGUCUUAACUAAAAAAAUUGCAAAUACAAUGCCCUCCCUUCUACAGCGUGUCUUCAGCACCACUGUGAACUACAUCAGCCAGCAGCUUCACAACUACAUUGUCAGAAUGCUGCGUGACUGAGCUCUCCAGCCCUCUGUGUGAAGAAUGUGGAUUUGUGAAGACUUUUGACUUUUCUUGAUGUAUGCAAAUAACUUUUUCUGCUCUUAACUUAUGAGAUACAGCUGUGAAAGGGAAGGCAGGGCUUCGUAGAUAGGCUUUUGUAGACUAGCACAGCAAUGACAGUAGUGUGAGCUGCGUGCCAGCUCUGCCAGUACCUGUUAAGGAGUAGUGCUUGCCCUCUCUCACUUUACAAUAGGGUUUUUUUCUUUUUUCUUCUUAGCAGUAGCAGGCUUUUUGCAGAACUCCGGCUUGUGCCUCCAGGGGAAAUCCUGUGGGCAGAGAGCCUGCCCUCUCAAUAUUUUUUUUUUUCCCCCUAAUCAGCUAUAGCAUUUUGCUUUAGUUAUUCUCUUUCCAGCCCUGCUCCUGGUGCUGCAGCUGAGCCAUGCUGAGUGUUAAUUGUUCCCAGGAAGGCCUCAGGCUGUAGAAUGGGUGGUUGAUCAGCACAGAUCACCAAGGGGAACAGAAAAAAUCAGGCCUAUCUUAGAGGGGAGCUGGCAGCAAGAGGAAACAACCCUAAAGGAGGCAGGGGUGUUUGGCCAGGGAAGGCUAAAGUAAAGAUGCUUCAGUGUCGAUUGCCAUUAACCUGUACUUGCUUGAAAAAAUAAAGCUGAAAAAGAAAUUUUAAAGAAAAGGACGGGUAGGUACAGGGCAAAUUUUUUUCAGGGAACAAUCUGAAUAUGCUUGAGGAAAAGUGUUUAGCUUUAGAGUAUCUUGGUAUAAAGAGAAAGAAGGUGUUGCCCUUAGAUCAGGAACACUACCUAGCAUCUCUUACAAGGGUAUUCUAGUUACAUCUCAGGUUGAACAAACUUGGACUCAGGUGGUUUGAUACGUACCUGUAAUUACACACAAGGCAGUAAAAGCUUCAC